UUUUGCAAACUGUGUUGCUUUAGCGGUUUAUACUCCGUAUCCGUUCAGUGAUUCCAAUGUGACUAAUCAAGCGUUGGAAAAAAUAGAAUACGUAUUUUUAGUAAUAUUUACGUCGGAAUGCGUUAUGAAAAUCAUAGCAUACGGAUUUUUAUUGCAUGGUGGCUCAUAUUUGAGGAAUGGCUGGAACAUUUUGGAUUUUUUCAUUGUGGUGAUAGGAAUGAUAAGUACCGUGCUGUCAAAUCUGAUGAAGGAAGGAUUCGAUGUGAAAGCGCUUCGAGCUUUCAGAGUUCUACGUCCUUUGCGAUUAGUUUCAGGAGUGCCAAGUUUACAGGUUGUGCUAAAUUCGAUCUUGCGGGCAAUGAUACCACUCCUACAUAUUGCGUUGUUAGUAUUAUUUGUUAUUAUUAUAUAUGCCAUUAUUGGUCUAGAACUGUUUUCGGGAAAGCUGCAUAAAACAUGUCUUCGCCCGGACACAGGCGAGAUAAUGGAGGAUGAGCAUCCCUGUGGUACAGGUUUCCGAUGUCCUGACGAUUAUGUUUGUCAUGAAAAAUGGGACGGUCCUAAUUAUGGAAUAACAAAUUUCGACAACUUUGGUCUGGCCAUGUUAACUGUAUUCCAAUGUGUUACACUUGAAGGUUGGACAGAUGUAUUAUACGACAUACAAGAUGCCAUGGGUAGUACCUGGCAGUGGAUAUACUUUGUUUCAAUGGUUAUCCUAGGUGCUUUUUUUGUAAUGAAUUUAAUUCUUGGUGUGCUGUCUGGUGAAUUUUCAAAGGAACGAACAAAAGCAAAAAAUCGUGGAGAUUUUCAGAAACUUAGAGAGAAGCAACAAAUUGAGGAGGACGUACGGGGCUACCUGGAUUGGAUUACUCAAGCUGAAGAUAUUGAACCAGAUGUGGAUGGUAAUUUAACGCAGGAUGGUAAAACAAAACAGUCCAAUGAGAUAAAUUCGUCGGAUCAAUUGGAAGAAGAAGGCCAGGAAGUUCAAAUAUCUGAGUCGUGGUGGCGCAAGAAGAAGAAAGAUUUGGAUCGUUUAAAUCGUAGGAUGAGGAGGUCCUGUCGAAAGGCUGUGAAAUCACAAGCCUUUUAUUGGCUUAUUAUAAUAUUGGUGUUUUUAAAUACUGGGGUUCUUGCUACAGAACAUCAUCGUCAGCCAUACUGGCUUGAUGAAUUUCAAGAGUAUACGAAUAUAUUCUUCAUUGGACUAUUUACCUGCGAAAUGAUGCUCAAGAUGUAUAGUUUGGGUUUUCAAGGAUAUUUCGUGUCAUUGUUUAAUCGGUUCGACUGCUUUGUUGUUAUUGGUAGCAUUACGGAAACGAUAUUGACUAAUACGGGAAUAAUGCCACCACUAGGAGUGUCAGUAUUACGUUGCGUUCGGCUCUUAAGAGUCUUUAAAGUCACAAAGUAUUGGCGCUCACUUUCAAAUCUCGUGGCUUCGCUUUUGAAUUCAAUACAGUCGAUUGCGUCCCUAUUGCUCUUGUUAUUUCUUUUUAUUGUUAUUUUUGCUCUUUUGGGAAUGCAAGUGUUUGGAGGAAAGUUUAACUUCAAGCCUGAGGAAGAAAAACCACGCUGGAACUUCGAUUGCUUUUGGCAAAGUUUACUCACAGUAUUUCAGAUUCUUACUGGAGAAGACUGGAAUGUUGUAAUGUAUGAUGGAAUACUUGCCUAUGGAGGAAUAAAGACAAUUGGAGCAUUGGCCUGCAUAUAUUUCAUUAUUUUAUUCAUUUGUGGCAACUAUAUACUUUUAAACGUUUUCUUGGCCAUCGCCGUUGAUAAUCUUGCUGACGCAGAUUCUUUAACAACAAUAGAAAAAGAAGAAGAGAUAGAUGAUGGAAAAAAUAACAAGUCACAUAGUCCGACUCCAACUAUUGAUGGUGCGGACGACGAGAAUAUGGAUAUUGAGGUUGAUUUGGGAGGACAUUGUAUAGAUAUGGAUAAGUUAGAUGACGAGACCUUUUCCGAAGAGGAAGAUAACGAGAUCUGCGAUGAAGAACAAGAUGAAUCCCGAUCCGAAGUAACACCGCGAGCAACUGCACGACCCCGGCGACUUUCUGAAAUCAGCAUUAAGAAGACUAAAAAACCAAUGCCACGUGGAAGUUCGUUUUUUAUAUUAAGUAACACGAACAGGUUUCGCGUCUUUUGUCAUUGGCUCUGCAAUCAUAGCAAUUUCGGAAACGUUAUAUUGUGCUGUAUUAUGUUCUCAUCGGCCAUGUUAGCAGCAGAGGACCCAUUACGGUCAGAUGCCGAUCGCAAUAAAGUACUGAAUAAAUUUGACUAUUUUUUCACGGGUGUCUUCACAAUAGAACUGUUACUAAAAUUGAUUUCUUAUGGCUUCGUAUUGCACGACGGAGCCUUUUGCAGAUCUGCAUUCAAUCUUCUUGAUUUACUUGUAGUCUGCGUUUCUCUAAUAUCAAUUCAGUCCAGUUCGAAUGCGAUUUCAUUCGUGAAAAUAUUACGAGUACUUCGCGUUCUAAGGCCUCUGCGUGCCAUUAACCGCGCCAAAGGACUAAAGGGUAAAUUCAGUUCCUGUACAGAUGGAUCAAAAAUGACUAGAGAAGACUGCUUCGGUACCUACUUGUUCUACGAAGAUGGAGAUGUGCAUAUGCCUCGGUUGAAGGAGCGCGUGUGGAUUCUAAAUAAAUUCCAUUUUGACGAUGUAGCAAAAGCAAUGCUAACUCUGUUCACUGUGUCAACGUUUGAAGGAUGGCCUGCGCUUUUAUAUGUAUCUAUUGAUUCAAAUAAAGAAGAUGGUGGGCCUAUACACAAUUUCCGUCCUAUUGUGGCUGCAUAUUAUAUAAUUUACAUAAUUGUGAUUGCUUUCUUCAUGGUAAAUAUCUUCGUCGGCUUCGUGAUUGUUACAUUUCAGAAUGAAGGCGAACAAGAAUACAAAAAUUGUGAUUUGGACAAAAACCAAAGAAACUGUAUAGAAUUCGCACUUAAAGCGAAACCAGUACGGCGGUACAUACCAAAACACGGUAUACAAUACAAAGUAUGGUGGUUCGUCACGUCCUCAUCGUUCGAAUAUACGAUAUUCAUUUUGAUUAUGAUCAAUACUGUGACUCUUGCAAUGAAGUACCAUAAUCAGCCGCCAUGGUAUACAGAAUUGUUAGAUGCCCUAAAUAUGAUUUUUACGGCGGUUUUCGCGUUGGAAUUCGUAUUCAAGUUGGCUGCUUUCCGUUUUAAGAACUACUUCGGGGAUGCAUGGAACGUUUUCGAUUUCAUUAUAGUGCUCGGUAGUUUUAUUGAUAUUGUGUAUUCGGAAAUAAAGAAUAAAGAUAAUUCGUCUCUGGCGUGUGACAUUGUGGAAGGAUGUAAAGCUAAAGCCAAGACUGGGUCAAAUUUAAUUUCUAUAAACUUCUUCCGAUUGUUUCGCGUCAUGCGACUGGUUAAACUGUUGAGCAAAGGUGAAGGAAUCCGAACCCUCCUAUGGACAUUUAUAAAGUCUUUCCAAGCGCUACCUUAUGUCGCCUUGCUUAUUAUAAUGCUGUUUUUCAUUUAUGCUGUCAUUGGAAUGCAGGUUUUCGGGAAAAUAAAUCUUAGCGAUGAUACGGCCAUACAUCGUAAUAAUAACUUCCAAACAUUUCCACAAGCGGUACUGGUUCUUUUUCGAUCUGCUACUGGAGAAGCUUGGCAAGAAAUUAUGAUGUCAUGCUCCACCGAUAAAGAUGUACAUUGUGAUCCAAACUCAGAUGCGCGCAAAGAUUGUGGAUCAAGCAUAGCAUUUCCUUAUUUUAUAUCAUUCUACGUACUUUGUUCUUUCCUGAUUAUAAAUCUUUUUGUUGCUGUUAUUAUGGAUAACUUUGACUAUUUAACACGUGAUUGGUCAAUUCUGGGACCACAUCAUCUGGACGAAUUUAUACGCCUGUGGAGUGAAUACGAUCCUGAUGCGAAAGGUCGCAUUAAGCAUUUAGACGUAGUUACACUUCUGCGAAAAAUAUCGCCGCCUUUGGGAUUUGGGAAAUUAUGCCCACAUCGAAUGGCUUGUAAAAGACUUGUAUCUAUGAAUAUGCCACUUAACUCUGACGGAACUGUUCUUUUUAAUGCUACAUUAUUUGCUGUUGUACGAACCUCUCUCAGAAUUAAAACAGAUGGAAAUAUUGAUGACGCUAAUGCGGAAUUGCGUACAACAAUAAAGCAGAUUUGGAAACGCACUAACCCUAAGCUUUUAGAUCAAGUCGUGCCGCCACCAGGAAAUGAUGAUGAGGUUACAGUUGGAAAAUUCUAUGCGACGUAUUUGAUUCAGGAUUACUUCAGACGCUUCAAAAAACGUAAGGAGCAAGAGGGUAAAGAAGGGCAAUUAGAAAACGCCACAAUUACACUCCAAGCAGGUUUAAGGACGUUACACGAGGUAUCACCUGCACUAAAGCGAGCAAUAUCUGGAAAUUUAGAUGAAUUAUCUGAGGAGCCUGAGCCAAUGCACAGGCGUCACCAUACACUAUUUGGUACAGUGUGGUCAUCCUUCCGGCGACAUGGUAACAGCUUUAGAUACGAUCGCAAAAACCAGAAUUCACAAUUAAAUGGAAAUAUUGGUGGCGCUGAAUCGACACCUCCUGUGGCUGACUCUUCUGAAGCAAAUACCAUGUAUUCUGCCAAUCGUUGCAGUGUAGCUGAUAGUAUAAAUCAUAUUACAAAAAGUAUCAUGCAAGCACGUUUCGGUUCGCAGCCAACCGAAGGUGGCGGUAGUAAUAGCCCUGAUUACCAUGAUUUUAAUAUCCGCGGCGACAUGCGAACGUUUAGUGAAAGCAUAUCGAUGCGUCCACUUGUCAUGAAUAGUGGUAAUGAUGGCAGCACCGUUAUAACUCCCUCUUCAGGCCGUAUUUCCAUACAAGGCAGUCAAAUAGCAGGUGCAGAAGUUUACGAUAAAUGGUAUUCCUGGCCGCGAUCAUGUGAUGGGAACAAAAAUAGGUAGCCCUUAUGAUCCGCAUCCUUCAUCAACUUUAUCUGAGGUCAAUAGUCCAGCCGAAAGCCUCGUUGGAGGGGUUCUGGUUGCCGAGGGUCUUGGCAAGUAUUGUGACUCUGAGUUUGUAGGUCAAGCAACUCGAGAAAUACAGGAAGCUCUAGAUAUGACGCCGGAGGAGAUGAAUAUAGCCGCUCGUGAACUAUUAUCUAAGGAGCGAAGUUCUAGACUUCAAGCACAUGAUCAAUCAUCUUCACAAAAUAUUGCUGAACAACAACAACAUCAGCGGUAACGAACCUUAUGGAUAUUAAAACAACCAGUGGAAAAAACUAUAAUACGAUUAACAGUUACGAAAGACAGAAAGAUCCUACAAAAAUGUCUGAAAGUUCGAAAACUGGUGAAAGUGUCAUUGGCAAUUAACAAUGAUUCUUUUAAUUAUUCAUAGCAUCCGACAAACGACCGAAGUUGUACCACUUACAUUCUUAAUUUACUCAUAGAAAAAAAUGCUCGUAUGAUUUAUUUAUCUCUUUCGAACAUAUGCAUAUCGGCGCUUGACAUGCAAUACCUCAUAUCCACCAAAUGCCUUGUAUGAGGUGGGACAGAAAAACAUUUACUUUGGUUACCCUGUUUCAAUCCCUCCCUACUUCACAAAUUUAAUGGUGAAUAAUUAAAGUAUUUAUUAAGUUCAGUUAGAAAACCAUUCAAAAGCUCUGAGCAAAAUAAGUUUGUUUGCUUAUUUGUGAAAUUUUCGGACUAUCUUAUACCGGGGACAGACAUCUGGUAUUUCUUCAUAGCAUUUCAAAAACACCAUAUGUAUGUCACCAAAUAUUAUAAUAUUCUUCAAAAUACUACGUGAGCAACCUAAUAUUUUUUGAAGAAAGACUAAACCUUUCCGAAGGUUAUAAUUUUGUGGUAUUCUCAUUGUGAAUGGGCAUUUCGCACUGAACAUACACAAAAAUAACAGAUGUCAGCUGCUUAUCUAUCAAAAAAUUAUUGAAAUUUUCAUGCGAUUGAAGCCAAAAGUUUACGCCGGAAAUUUUGAUGCAAUAUAUAGCAAUUUUUGCAUUUUUAUGUUUAUCUGUUGUUCUUCAGAAACAUAUGAUUUGACACUGAAAUACUAGGUUAAUGUCUGUCACUAUGGUAGUGUUUUACAUUUCACAAUAAAAAUUUACCAGAAUGCAAAUACAAGACCCGGUAUUACACUCAGAAGAAGGUGUAGUUAUAGUUACCAAGAUUUGGUUAUAGUGACCAAGUGGCAUAGUUUGAUAUGGCGAAAUAAAUAUCUAGUUCACGAAACU